AUGCCAGCGUCCCGGCACGCGCCGCCGCUCGCGCCUGCCCUCGCUCGAGCGCGCCCAUGCGGCGCCCGCCAGCUGCGCUGCCCCGACGCCGUGCUCGGACCAGAGCGACGGCCUCCGCGGAUGUCGCGUCGUGAUGGGCAAGGCCGGUCCACGCCGCCAGACGGCCGCCGCUGCCGCGCGCGGCCGCGCCCGCCCCGCCACCGGCGCACGCUCCGCGCCUGCUUGCCAUCAAGAAGGAGUCGCCCGACGACGAGAUCAAGAUUUGAGAACAGCUGCACAAAUGCAUCAUAUUUAUUAUCUUAUGUUUUGCUUGUAUCAUAUUCACUACAAGAAUUAUUUGCUGAAAGAAAUGUUGUACGAGUCUCUUCCAGGACGGGCAAUAGCAUUCGUUGA